CAUGUGCAGUUUAUCGUAAUAAGCCUUGUCGGCAGUAUAUUACGUAUCGUAACUUUAUACAAUGUGAAAGUGCGUAUCAUGACUAAUAUAUUUAUUGUUUUCUGCAACACCAUUCGUCUGGCGGAACUAUAGUUUUAAUUCCAGGAUAUGUAUGUGGUUAUUUUCAUUCCGAAUUAAAUACUAUUUUAAUUCAAAAAUAUAAUUAUAAAAUGUCGGACUCGAGUACAGAGUUAGGUGAUAUGCUGCCGGAAACCAACGGGAAAGGACCGGAAGUGGGUGCAGACUCCUCAGAGGAGAGCAGUAGCGCGGACUCGGGGGACCGGAAGCCACAGUUUUCCGGCCCUUGCAGCUUCCUGGUGUCACUGGUAGGCUACUCCAUGGGAACAUCCGAUUUCUGGCGGUUUCCCUACCUCGUGUUUAGAAACGGCGGAGGUGCGUUCCUCAUCCCGUUCCUGUUAUUCAUGAUGAUAUGCGGCCUGCCCAUGAUGUUUCUUGAAGUGACUACUGCCCAGUUCUCGGGGAAAGGACCCAUGGGCGUUUGGGACCUCGCUCCAUUCUUUCGGGGAAUCGGCUACACUCUGUUUGUCAUCAACAUCGUAAAUAGCAUCUACUACAACGUGCUUCGCGCGUGGAUCCUCGAGUACUUCGUGCGCAGUUUCCGGUCUGAGCUGCCCUGGGCCUCAUGUAACAACGAUUGGAACAGGGACGGCUGUAUCCCGGCCACAAAGAUCGUCAACGACACGGUUGCAGUGGGUGUCGCCGGGGAGCAUACCACUGUGAACUAUAAUAUGACGUCAUACACACAUUCUGACGACAAUAAUCGAACUAUGAUGACGUCAGCAGAACAGUUCUGGCAAUACGAGGUUCUGCAGUUGUCUCCGGGAUUGGGUCACAUGGACGGCAUGCUAUGGAACUUUGUCCUGUACGUGUUCAUCUGGCGGUUUCUCGUCACCCUCUGCAUGCUCAAGAGCAUCAAGUCAAUUGAAAAGGUGAUGUACGUGACAGUGUUUUUGCCGCUGGUUCUAAUGCUGGCCAUCUGGAUCCGCGCGCUCAUGUUGGAGGGGUCCGUUAUGGGAAUGCUGUACUACCUCACUCCAACCUUCGACAGGAUCACGGACGUCAAGGUUUGGGUGGAGGCGGCGAUGAUGGCGGCGUACACGCUGGGCCCGGGCUGGGGAACCAUACCCAUGAUCGCUAGCCACAACAGCUUCAGGGGAAACACAGUCAGGUAUUCUGUCGUAUCCACCGUAUUGGACUUUUUCUCCGCUGUUUUCAACGGGCUGAUCUGUUUCGCCGUCCUCGGCGUGAUGGCGCACGACAGCGGCCUUGACCUUGAAAAAACAGUCACCUCCGGUCUGUCGCUGGGUUUCACCGUCUACCCGACGGCAUUCACUUACUUCCCGCUAGGCCAACUGUGGUCGGCACUGUUUUUCAUCAACCUAAUCUUCGUUGGUCUGGAUUCCCAGGUGUUGUCCACGGAGACGUUAAUGAGCUGUUUGGAGUAUCUGGUUCCUCGUUGGUUGAGAGGAAAGAGGCGGCUUUGCGCAGUGGUCGUCAUCAAUAUAAUCGCCUUCAUUCUCACUUUGCCCUUCUGUACCAGGGGCGGGAUGUACAUCUUCCAGUGGUUGGAUUGGUACGCCGCAGCGUGGACCAUCCUGUUUGUGUGCCUCACUGAGUGUGUCGUCAUCACCUGGGUCUACGGUUUGCCACGUCUGAGCCGGGACGUUGAACUAAUGACCGGGAGUCCAAUCCCGGCUAUCCUCAGGUGCAAUGCAUCGGUUGUAGCGCCAAUACUCAUUCUGGUGCUGAUCGUGGUCUCGUUUUCCCGGUAUUCACCCCCUACCUACGGGUCGUACACGUAUCCCCCGUGGGCGGAGGCUCUUGGCUGGGCACUCGCACUCGCCAUCAUCUCACCAAUUGUUAUAUGUUUCGUGUUCAGAUUUGGGAGGUCUAGGGGUUCAUGUGGCAAGCGUGUCGAGGACAUGACCACUCCCGCGCCCGAAUGGAAGCCGAACGACACGUCAAAAGUUUCAUAUGGUGACGUUCACAUUCCGUGGACGUUUACGUCAACGUUGAUUUUUAACAUCACUGGACGUCAACGCAAACAUUACGAUAAUGCUCAAAAUCAAGAAGCCUCCAAACACGAGUUGUCUCCCCUUUACAAGACUGAUCAGCCAAUAGCAUGAUCAAACUUUCGCAUAUAAAUUCUAAAUUUUGUAUUAAAUUUUCUGUGUCGAUAGAUGCUCAUAUGUGUACAAUGUAUUUACUAUUGUUUCAAGACAUGUUGAAUAGUUAUUUACCGGAUCCGGAAAUACUCAUAGACAAUAGUAAGCCCAUAUAUUUUACCAUACCGCAUUGCACACUGGUAGACUGAUGAUCGUGCUGUCAUUACAGUGUCUGUUUUAGCCUACUUCCUUCAUUUUAAAAUGAGUAUAUCAUAGUAAGUGUCACAACUGGUGAUCUGCCCAGAAUAAAGUUUAUUUCAUUGUUAUACAGGUUAUACCAGUAUGUUACAUACCGGCUGGCAUCAUUGUUGUUAAUUUGAUCUUAAUCUAUUGUAAUUCAUUGAAAUAGUUUUUGUAGAACGUCCACACAUGAAAAUAAUGUAAUAGUUUGAAUGCGUCUGUUUUAUCUUUCGUUUGAAAUGCUCAACUACCUUUUUAGUAUUAA